UCCUGUUAUAAUCUUCAAAGUAUUCAAUUUGCAUGGCCCGUCAUCUCUGCUAAAAUUUUCCGCCGAAAGAAAAUUCAUUUUCUCUUUCUCCUGGGAAAUUUCUGCUCGAUUUUUUAUGUUGACGAAGCUUCUGGGUCUGGGUCGUCGUCUUCGUCUUGUCAGUCCUUUUUUCUUCCAUUUUCCAAUGCAGAUUUCGAAAUCAAUCCCGUCAGCGAAUCAAAUUAUUUCAUUGCAUUGUCCGUAUAAAACGAAAUCAUUUUAGAAACCCUUAAAUAAUUUCCCAGAACAAGAUAAAUUUAGUAGAUGAGCACAAGAAUUCAAUGGAUACGUUUUGUUUCGCUUAUUUUCUUCCAUAUUUACUCUGCUUUUAUGGUUUUCACGUAUUUUUCUAACUAUACGACGUUUAUAUAAACAAUGAAGGAGAAGUUGAUUUGAUAAUUACAGCUAUCCCGUCUAACCGCCAUUUAUUAUGUUUUGUUUCGUACUACAAUCUCCAUUCUACCCUUUUUUGGUUUCUCCCUCUGCAUCUGUACUUACGUAUGUAGGUUCAGCUAUAUAUAGAAAUACGUAUAUCUCUGAAUAUCUCUGUUUCAUGCUUUGGGGUUUGAGCUUUGUCCAUGGCAGUGAUCUUCCGUUUUUGGUCAAAGAGUUCUGUUCUUGCUCUGUUCAUGGCUGUGAAUUGCAGACUGUUUGCUUUUCCAGGGAUUGAAAGAGAGAGAGAGAGAGAGGGGGGGCAGAGAGAGAGUUAAACGACUGAAAUUUUUGUCGUUUUGUUGAAAAAUGGCGUCUGGUUCAUGGAUCUCAUCUCUCUCAUGUUCAAGCUCUGUGAUUCAUCAAUCAGGAGAAGACAACAACUCUGUUUCAGUAAUAUUUCAAUGGCUGAGAUUCACUUUCUUCUCUCCAUGUCCUCAACGAGCUUUGUUGACCGCCAUUAACCUCCUCUUCUUGUUAGCUCUCCUGGUUUUUGCACUUCCAAAGGUCUUUUUGAGAUUCAAAACCAGCAGCCGCCGCCAUUGGGGCAGCUCUCACGAGACCAGUAAACCUCUCAUAGCGAACAGUACAAACAACAGAGCCACUCUCCGGACCACUUUAUGGUUUAAGCUUUCUCUUGUUUCUACUGUUAUUUUGUCAUUUUGUUACACCGUGACGUGCGUUCUAGCUUUUAUCAGGAACACCCAGGUCCAGCCAUGGAAGCUUGUUGAUGCUCUGUUUUGGCUAGUUCAGGCUACAACUCAUGUAGCCAUUGCUGUAUUGGUCAUCCAUGAGAAGAGAUUUGAAGCUGUAAAACACCCUUUUACGCUCAGGAUUUACUGGGUCUUGAAUCUGGUUAUUGUCACCUUCUUUGUAAUUUCAGGAAUCCUUCGUUUGAUAUAUGGUGAAGUGGUUGACCCAAGUUUGACUCUCGACGACGUCGUUUCAUUCAUCUCUUUCCCGUUUUCAGUUUUUCUUCUUCUCGUCGCCAUUAAAGGAACAACUGGGAUUCUUCCCAGCAGAGAAUCUGAGCCAGAAAUGGCUGAUGAUGAAGAAGACAGAAAAUUUUCCGAACCCCUCUUAAACAAAUCUAACGUGACCAACUUCGCUUCUGCUAGUAUAGUUUCAAAAGCCUUUUGGCUAUGGAUGAAUCCUCUACUGAACAAAGGUUAUAAAUCAUCUUUAAAUAUGGAUGAUAUCCCUACACUUUCCCCAGAUCAUAGAGCUGAGAAAAUGUCAAAGCUUUUCGAAUCAAAAUGGCCGAAGCCUCAUGAAAAUUCCAAGCACCCAGUAAGAACAACAUUGUUCCGGUGCUUCUGGAAGGAAAUUGCCUUCACUGCAUUCCUCGCCAUUAUACGGCUCUGCGUCAUGUAUGUUGGUCCUAUACUUAUACAGAGCUUUGUUGAUUAUACUUCAGGCAAAAGAAGUUCUCCAUAUGAAGGAUACUACCUCGUACUGACCCUUCUUGUUGCAAAAUUUGUGGAGGUCUUGUCGAGUCAUCAAUUUAACUUUAACUCUCAGAAGCUUGGAAUGAUGAUCAGGUGUACACUUAUCACUGCAUUGUACAGGAAGGGACUGAACUUGUCUUGUUCCGCUCGCCAGACUCAUGGCGUCGGACAGAUUGUUAAUUACAUGGCUGUUGAUGCUCAGCAGCUUUCUGAUAUGAUUUUGCAGCUCCAUGCUAUCUGGCUGAUGCCAUUGCAGGUCAGUGUGGCCUUGGUUCUCCUCUACAAUAACCUCGGAGCUUCGACAUUGACAGCGUUGAUCGGACUUAUUGGUGUUCUUGUCUUCAUUAUCUUUGGCACCAAGAGGAACAACAGGUUCCAAUUCAAUGUCAUGAUGAAUCGAGAUUCUCGAAUGAAGGCUACCAAUGAGAUGCUGAAUUACAUGAGGGUGAUCAAGUUUCAGGCUUGGGAGGAGCAUUUCAACGAGAGAAUCAAUCGUUUUCGUGAUAAGGAAUUCGGAUGGCUGUCCAAGUUUUUGUACUCCAUUGCUGGGAACAUUAUAGUGAUGUGGAGCACACCAUUACUGAUAUCAACUCUCACUUUUGGCACUGCACUUUUUCUGGGAAUCCAGCUUGAUGCAGGGACUGUCUUCACCACCACAAGCAUUUUCAAGAUCUUGCAGGAGCCCAUUAGGACGUUUCCACAGUCCAUGAUCUCACUUUCUCAGGCAGUGAUAUCUUUGGGGAGAUUGGAUAGUUUUAUGAUGAGUAAGGAGCUGGUGGGGGAGGAUGUAGAAAGGCUACAAGGCUGUGAUGGGAGGAUUGUCAUUGAGAUUCAGAAUGGGGAAUUUAGCUGGGAUGAUGAAGGUGGAGAAGCAGUUCUCAAAGGCGUGAAUUUGUUGGUGAACAAAGGGGAGCUUACUUCGAUUGUUGGCACCGUUGGGUCUGGGAAGUCCUCUCUCUUGGCCUCAGUUCUUGGUGAGAUGCACAAAUUGUCAGGAAAGGUUAGAGUUUGUGGGACAACUGCCUAUGUUGCUCAGACAUCAUGGAUUCAGAAUGGAACUGUUGAAGAGAACAUCUUAUUUGGUUUGCCAAUGGAUAGGGAUAAAUACAGGGAAACUCUCAGGGUUUGUAGCUUGGAGAAAGACUUGGAAAUGAUGGAGUUUGGAGAUCAAACUGAAAUCGGCGAACGGGGUAUCAACCUCAGUGGUGGGCAAAAGCAAAGGGUACAGCUUGCUAGGGCAGUUUAUCAAGAUUGCGAUAUCUACCUUCUUGAUGAUGUUUUUAGCGCAGUUGAUGCUCAUACUGGCUCAGACAUAUUUAAAGAAUGUGUGAGAGGAGCUCUGAAGACCAAGACAAUAUUACUAGUCACUCAUCAAGUCGAUUUCUUACACAAUGUUGAUAAUAUCUUGGUCAUGAGAGAUGGGAUGAUAGUGCAAUCAGGAAAAUACAAUGAUUUACUAGAUGCUGGGACAGACUUCAGAGCAUUGGUAAAUGCCCAUGAAACAUCUAUGGAACUUGUUGAAGCUGGCUCUACUAUGCCUGGUGGAAAUUCCCCGAGAACACCCAAAUCCCCUCAUGUGAUCCGAGACAACGCAGGAGCAAAUGGCGAGAGCAAGUCUAUAAGCCAAUUCACAACCAAUAAGAAGGAUUCUAAGCUAAUCAAAGAAGAGGAGAAGGAAACUGGUAAAGUUAGCUUGCGUGUAUAUAAAUCAUACUGCACAGAAGCUUAUGGUUGGUGGGGCGUAGCGGCUGUAUUGCUUUUAUCCUUUACAUGGCAAGCUUCUAUAAUGGCUAGUGAUUAUUGGCUGGCAUAUGAAACUUCACAGGAGAAUGUGAUGUCAUUCAACCCUUCCUUGUUCAUUAAGGUUUAUGGAAUCAUUGCAGCUGUUUCGAUUGUCUUGAUAGCAGCAAGAUCCUUGUUUGUUACCCUUGUGGGACUCCAAACAGCCCAAAUAUUCUUCAUUCGAAUCCUUCGUAGUAUAUUACAUGCUCCCAUGUCAUUUUUUGAUACUACACCUUCUGGAAGAAUUCUUAGCCGGGCCUCGAAUGAUCAGACCAACGUCGAUAUCCUCAUUCCCUUCGUUAUGGGUGUUACUGUCUCCAUGUACAUUACACUGCUCAGCAUUUUUAUUAUUACAUGUCAAUAUGCUUGGCCAACCGUGUUCUUUCUAAUCCCGCUUGGUUGGCUUAACUUCUGGUACAGGGGAUACUAUCUUGCAUCAUCUCGAGAAUUAACACGAUUUGAUUCGAUCACCAAGGCACCGGUUAUCCAUCAUUUCUCAGAAAGUAUAGCUGGAGUUAUGACAAUUCGAUCUUUCAGAAAGCAAGAAAAGUUUGUGCAAGAAAAUGUUAACCGAGUAAAUUCCAAUUUGCGUUUGGACUUUCACAAUAAUGGAUCCAACGAGUGGUUGGUUUCAUGA